CUCUGAUCACGUGCACUCCCUCUACACGGGCCACUUGCGCGCGCCUGCCUCCUCGUACAGCUUCAAGUUGUACUCAGGUUGUUCACAGCCGCUUCAAACCCUAUCCUCCUACAUACGGAGUGCCAUACACUGCAUACAACCCAUCCUCACCAAUGCGCGACGACAUGAUGGACCCAGGGUCCUCUUCGGAGUCGGAGGGCUCGCCUCCCCCCGCCGACCGUAUCAGCACUAUGGAACGCACAAUCUCCGCAGCAAGCUCGUCGAAGAGUUUCCUCUCUCAGCUCGGCGGCGAGACCUGGGGAGGACACUUCGGCGAAAGGUCCUCGAAACGUCGUGGCGGACUGGGAUUUGGGGGCGGCUCGCGCGACACGAAGAGCAGGAGGCGUGAGGACUCCUUCGGCAGCAUGGGGCUUGGUAGGCGAACUGGGCCCUCACUUGCAUGGGAUCAAAGGGAGCAGGGCACGAUACCGAGGCAGAAGGACGAGCUUGUUGACACGACGCUGGUAGAUAACCUGCGAGCUCAAUUCGGCGAUCCUUUCGACGACAGGGACUUGCAAUCCUCCAAGUGAUCUUUCAGGUGCAGUUCGGUCUUCACUUCUGCCUUGAUUGCGUCUCUCAUUUACUGU